CAUCCCCCUUUCCCUCCCUCUAUCCCCUCUCCCCCUCUCUCCCUCCCUUUAUCCCCCUCUCCCUCCCUCUAUCCCACUCUCCCUCCCUAUAUCCCCUCCUCCCUCCCUAUAUCCCCUCCUCCCUCCCUCUAUCCUACUCUCCCUCCCUCUAUCCCCCUCUCCUUCCCUCUAUCCCGUCCUCCCCCCCUCUAAACCCCUCUCCCUCCCUCUAUCCCUUCCUCCCUAUACCCCCCUCUCCCUCCCUAUAUUCCCCUCUCCCUCCCUCUAUCCCCUCCUCCCUUUAAACCCCUCUCUCUCCCUCUAUCCCAUCCUCCCUCCCUUUAAACCCCUCUCUCUCCCUCUAUCCCCUCCUCCCUCCCUUUAAACCCCUCUCCCUCCCUCUAUCCCAUCCUCCCUCCCUUUAAACCCCUAUCUCUCCCUCUAUCCCCUACUCCCUCCCUUUAAACCCCUCUCCAUUCCUCUAUCCCAUCCUCCCUCCCUUUAAACCCCUCUCCCUCCCUCUAUCCCCUCCUCCCUCCCUUUAAACCCCUCUCCCUCCCUCUAUCCCAUCCUCCCUCCCUUUAAACCCCUCUCUCUCCCUCUAUCCCCUCCUCCCUCCCUUUAAACCCCUCUCUCUCCCUCUAUCCCCUCCUCCCUCCCUUUAAACCCCUCUCUCUCCCUCUAUCCCAUCCUCCCUCCCUUUAAACCCCUCUCUCUCCCUCUAUCCCAUCCUCCCUCUAUCCCCCUCUUCCUCCCUCUAUCCCCCUCUCUAUCCCGCCUUCCCCCUCCUCUGCUUCCCUUGGAACACAGCAUUGUGUUUCUCCCCUUGGCUGGGGGAGCCGGGGCCCUUCUGUCCCUUCUGUCUCCUUCACAGGUGACUGUUGGGGGUCCCAGCUGGCCAGCCUCUUGCCCGAUUAGAUCCAUAUGGAGGAUGGGGGACAGAGGAAGGAGGGAGGAGGAGGGGGCCUGGGCAAUCGAGGCAGCAACGACAGUGGUGAGAAGAAGACCCCUGCCAUGCCCGGCUCUCCUGUGGAUGUCAAGACUCAUUCCAGACCAGUCCCCAGACCAGUCCCCAGCAGCAGCAGCGCCACCAUGCCGCCCCUGCCCUCCGUGAACCCCAGCGGACCCCGGCCAGCCUCCUUCUCCUCCACCACUCUGACCAAUGGAAUCCACCACUCCCCGCCCACCCUAAAUGCUGUGCCCUCGCCGCCCCAGCGCUACAGCAAUGGGCCUAGCUCCUCCUCUUCCUCCUCGCUGGCCAAUCAGCAGCUCCCGGCCACAUGCGGCGCCCGACAGCUCAGCAAGCUCAAGCGCUUCCUGACGACGCUGCAGCAGUUCGGCAACGAUAUCUCACCCGAGAUCGGAGAGAGUGUCCGCAACCUGGUGCUGGCCCUCGUGAAUUCAACAGUCACCAUCGAGGAGUUCCACUCAAGGCUCCAGGAGGCCACCAACUUUCCCCUGAGGCCCUUCGUCAUUCCCUUCCUCAAGGCCAACCUGCCCCUGCUGCAGAGGGAGUUGCUCCACUGUGCGCGUGCGGCCAAGCAGACCCCAGCCCAGUACCUAUCCCAACACGAGCACCUCCUACUCAGCACCACUCUGGCCUCGCCCCCCGACUCCUCGGAACUGCUGCUGGAGCCCAGCGAGAGAGAGAGAAACGCGACAGUUAAGAGACACAGUCCUAACAGGGGAAAAGAGAACGGCUUCCACGAGCGCCCCCCUGCCCCCCUGGAGCCCCCGGCUAAGCGCAUCUGCACCAUCAGCCCGGCGCCCCGCCAUAGCCCGGCCAACCCCCUGCCCCUCAGCGCUCAGCUGCACCCCACGCCGCCCCCUCUGCAGCACUACGCCCUUGAGGACAUCAGCGCCCCCCAUCUGCUGCACCGGGAGAGCGGCCACCGGAUACUGGAGCUCCGCGAGCUCAAGGACAGGCCUAGACUACCUGGCUCUAACGGGGGUUACCGCGAGGAGCCCGUGGACCACAGGCUGACAGACAGAGAGUGGGCCGACGAGUGGAGGCAUCUGGAUCAUGUGUUGAAUUGCAUUGUUGAGAUGGUGGAGAAGACGCGGCGGUCAGUGGCUGUGCUGCGGCGCUGUCAGGAGUCGGACCGCGAGGAGCUCAACUACUGGCGGCGGCGUUCCAGCGAGCAGGAAGACUCCCGCAAGGGAGGGGCCGCCACCAUGCCCACCCCCUUCUCCAAGACCCACAGUCCCCGCAAAGCAGCCGUUCCCGCCCCCUUCUCCAAGACCCACAGCCCCCACACAACCGAGGGACUCAGCAGUGAAUCCCAGAGAGACUUGGCGCCGCGACCAGGCUCGGGCUACGUGCCUGAUGAGAUCUGGAGAAAAGCUGAGGAGGCAGUGAACGAGGUGAAGCGCCAGGCCAUGGACGAGGUCCAGAAAGCAGUGGCCGAGGCAGAGCACAAGGCCUUUGAGAUGAUCGCGUCCGAGCGGGCCAAGAUGGAGAAGACACUGUCCGAGGCCAAGAGGAAGGCCACAGAGGACGCAAUCCAGGUCAUCAAUGAGCAGGAGGACUCAAGCGAGUGUUGCUGGAACUGUGGUCGCAAGGCCAGCGAGACGUGCAGCGGCUGCAAUGCAGCACGCUACUGCGGCUCCUUCUGCCAGCACAAGGACUGGGAGCGCCACCACCUCAUCUGCAGCCCCGGCCUGCAGACCCAGCCCAAGCCCGUGUCCGCCAUCACAGCUGCCAGGGCCGCUGCAGCCGCCGCCGCUGUUACCGCAGGAGCCAAGGCCCCCGAGAGCGUACCAACCACUGCCAGUCCCGGGGGGGAGAAGGGGUUGGUGGCCUCUCGUUCCUCCACCCCAUCCACUCCCACAUUAGUGCUAGAGACCAACGGGCAGUAAAAGCCAGGACUAGGACCAGUGAUACAGGCUCUCAAGAUGGCCUCCCUUCCCAUUUUCCUUCCAUUCUGUUGUUCCCGACUGUUUAAAUGGACACCAGGACCAUAUGCCCCAAAAUGGCUUCCUUUCUUUGUUUCCCGUUCCUCUUGAACUGCUGACGGUGAAAGGUGCUGGUUUCCAUUGUUCCAUCAUUUGACUGUCACCCGUCGGGGGUCUUUAGGUUAGCGUUUGGCUCUUCAGGUUCUAAAGGUAUCUAGGUUAGCAGUUGGCUAUUUAGGUUCUAAAGGUAUCUUUAAGUUAGUGGUUUCGAGGGAGAGGAGACAAGGGAAGAAAGAUGUUUUUAAAACUUGACCCUCAGCUCUGGACACCAACCUUAAUUUAGCCAAGGAAGUGACAUCAUGGACAGGAAGUGAUGUCACAGACAUUGAGUGAGCGGAGGAGGAAAUGAGGUCACUGAUGUCACCAGUCAUGUUACACAGAAAGAGGACAGAUUGGGAGGGGUUUGCUUUGGUAAUGGUGGGCAGAAGACAGACUCAUCUGCUUUGGUACUUGGAGGAUCCAUCUUCAACAGUUGGACAAACAGACAAUCUACCUGACAGAUGGACACUUGUUUCGCUUCAUCCAAAAUCUCAAUCCCCAGUAGAGUUGAGACAACUGAGGACGGACUUCAGACCCGGCUUUCUUUUUAAGGGGACAGUGGGGGGUGUAUGAGUUUUGGAAUGGUCUUUUAUACCCACGAGGGUGAGUGAUGGUCGAAGUACUCACUGCAUAUUUCCUAGUUUACCAUUGUGUGUAUAUAAAGCUAAGAGAAAAUGGUCGGUGUUGACAGUGUAAUAAACAGUACCAGGUCUAGAGAAAAGAGGGUUAUGGGUCGGUGUUGACAGUGUAAUAAACAGUACCAGCUCUAGAGAAAAGAGGGUUAUGGGUCGGUGUUGACAGUGUAAUAAACAGUACCAGCUCUACAGAAAAGAGGGUUAUGGGUCGGUGUUGACAGUGUAAUAAACAGUACCAGCUCUAGAGAAAAGAGGGUUAUGGGUCGGUGUUGACAGUGUAAUAAACAGUACCAGCUCUACAGAAAAGAGGGUUAUAGGUCGGUGUUGACAGUGUAAUAAACAGUACCAGCACUAGAG